AUGUCCAACCUACUUCAAAAGAGACUCCUCCGUAAGGGAACAACUCUAAACGUGCUCCUUUGUGGUGAAAGAGGUACUGGAAAGCACACCUUUAUCAACAAUUUAUGUGAUGCGACCGUUUUCCAUCAAGAAGCCCCAACUGGGUUUCACUUACCGGAUUCAGCCUCUGAGUCCGGAAGACUCUCCUAUGAGAAAAAAGAGAUCUAUAUUCAAGGAGGGCUUAGCCCAGUUAUCCUUAAGACUGUGUUUGUUAAGGGAUUUCGUGACUCUCUCGAUGGAAGUGAAGUUGCAGAUCAGAUCGUGGAAUACCUUGAAAAUCAGUUUAGCAUGGUGCUUGAGGAAGAGAUCAGAAUCAAUAGAAAUCCUAAAUACGAGGAUAACAGAGUCCAUGUGGCUAUAUACUUUGUCAGGCCGACAUCUAGGGGCUUACACCAGUUCGACAUUGAGUGCAUGAGGAAAAUUGGAUCACGAUGCAACUUGCUUCCAGUGAUCUCGAAAGGCGACAGUCUUACGGAAGCUGAAAGAAGAUUGAAUAAAGAGUUGAUAAGCAAUGAUAUCCAGAGAGCUGGAAUAAAAGUAUUUCAAUUUGAAAGAGACAGUGGAAGUGGAAGUGAAGGCGGUGAAGGUAGAGGUGAGGUUGAAGAGGGAAGUGGAGUAGAAAGAACUGAAAGUAGCCCUUUUCUAGACGGGGAUGAUAACUUAGUUUCUGACGUUAGCAUAGAGCUACAAAGACUACAGAGAAUGAUCCCUUUCUGCGUUAUGUCUAGUGGAGGGGCCUUGGGCUCACCCGUGGAGAGUAACGCCAUAGAGUUUCCCUGGGGCGUGGCAAGGCUCAACGAAGCCAAGGGAAAUGAACUCGGGGAGUUGAAAUCCAUUCUAUUGAGCACCCACACUCAGGAACUAAAAGAUACUACGAAUGAAAAUAUCUAUGAAAAAUUCAGAACUGAAAAAUUGCAACCAAGCUUUUGA